UCAUCACUCUCCUCUGUUUCAUUUUCUACUCCUACUUAUCAGAAUAGUAAAUAAUCGCAAUAACUCAGUCCUUUCCUCCUUUUAAUCCCACUUCAACUACGCGCCAUCAUGUAUACAAACUUCAACCUAACAUUCUCACGCGCCGCUUAUACCCACUCCCAUUUUCCGUCGACAUUGCAGCAGCAGCAGAACCAACUAGGUGAAUAUGACUCAGCCACACAACCCAACUCGGAGGUGAAUUACAGUAAUGGUGGUGGUAGUGGUGAUGGUGGCAGCAGGUGCAGCAGCUACAUGGGAUCGCCAAGUAAUUACGAGGAGCGAUUGAUGCAGAGGAGCAUUAGUAGCCACUCACUGGAAAAGAAUGAUGGGCACCACCAUCAUCAUCCACACCUUUUUCCAAAUUUGUUUGCUGAAUUGCUUGACACGGAGAAUGGUCCGGUGCGGCGAGUUUAUAGUACCGGUGAUCUUGAUCAGAAAGUUAAUGGAUGGCAGCAACAUUAUCAUCAAUCAGAUAGUCCUUUGUCAACAGAGAGUAACAUGAUAAUAGAAGAAAUGAGCAGAGCAGCUUGUCCUUAUAGCCCAGAAGAAAAGAAGGUCAGGAUUGAGAGAUAUAAAACCAAGAAAAACCAGAGAAAUUACAACAAAAAAAUUAAGUAUGUUUGCAGGAAGACAUUGGCAGACAGUAGGCCACGUAUUAGGGGAAGAUUUGCUAAGAAUGAUGAAAUUGUGAUUAAUCCUCCAAAUCAAUGGAGCCAUAUUAGUAAUAAUGAAGAAGAAAUAUUAGAAGAUGAAGAAGAUGAGAAUUGGGACAAUUUCUUUGAUUCAUUGGUUCCUAGUACUACUUCAAAUCUUGCUCAUGAGGAGCCUCAACAUAGUUCCUCCUUUGGUAUAUUCUAACACAUUUUGACCUUCAUGUAUCGGAGGGGCAAAGUAGUAGGAAGCCGAAGACGCAUAAAAAAUCGUCUAUGGCGCACCAAUGGGAAACAAGGCCCUUUCGUUUAGGGGGCAUCGUCGGAGAACUAUGUCUGAAAAAUAAUUGCACAUUUUAAGUACAUGUUUAUUAAAUUAACGGGAAAUUUGACAAAAUCAUAAUAAAAACAUGAUUUUUGCAAAAUUUCAAAACAUAAUUUUAAAUAAAAUUAUGAUAGUUCAUGUAAAUGUUAUCCUAAAUUUAAAAGUGUACUAAUGUGUUUGCUUUUAAUUUUCUAAAUAUUAUGAUGCAGAUGUGAUCAAAGUAUGUAAUGUGAAUUAAUGUAAAUAUAUAGUUAUUUUAAUCA